AAAUUAAUUUUUGUUGUUGUUAAAAUGCUGCGUCGGCCCCAUUAAAGAAUUAUGUUUAUUUUUAUGAUUUCUCUCUACUUAUCUAAUGCCAUUCAAACAAUAAAUCCAAGCAUGUUAAAAUUUUUUUAUAAGAAUUAAUUUAUUAAAAGAGUGGCUCCUCACUGAAUUACCUGCGCCGAUCCUGGUUCCUUACGGUUUCAUAAGGAACUUAGCCUUCGAAGCAAAAUUGAAAGUGAGUGAUCCUAAUUUAUUAUUGUCUAGACUGGACUGGUUUAUAUUUUUUGUGUUGCCCUCUGUUCGGCAGUCAUCAAACGCGUUUUGUCAGGUGAUCUGGAAAACUAGUUCGCACGUCAUGUGAUCUGUCGAGGCUGUCAAAACAGCUAAUGUCAUGCUUGCCCCUGGAGGUACCCGUGAUCGAAUUGACCCUUGUGUUGAAGAACAUCUUGAUUACCAGAGUAGACGCCACACGUCUGCCAGGUGACGCGGUGUUCUCAAACCUUCCACCGUCCUGAGCGUUACGAUGGAGAUGGACAUUUUAUUUCAAAUUGGGGGAUACAAAUGACAAAUGGAGCAUUGUUGACAUUUCAAAAAAGAAAUAAAAGUAUCGAAUUGUUGUAGCAACUGUCGAAUAGAAAAUCUAAAAUAGUCGCGUCCUGUCAGAGUUAGUUGAGUUGAACACGAACAAAGAUAAAAUGUUCUGCAGAUCACGUAGAAACGCGUUGCUGGUUCUCUGCGCCCUCAGCGUGGCGUUCUUCGUGUUAGAGGAGUUUUUACAGGAGUUUCACGUCAUUAUCAUCAAACACACACACAAUUUUCAAGAAAAUGAUCCCGAAAUGUCGGCUGGUAGCAGCGUGUUGACGUCGGAAAUCUUUAAUGUCGAAGGCGUCCCACGGAAACCGCAAGGACGGGUGGGCGGAGGGAAAGAUUUAUUUGCAGACGUGGAACGGUUUAUAAACCGAGCUGCCGAACUGGGGGGAUCCCUGAGAUCUGAGAACGUGACGCGUAAGGAUUGGUCGGGGGUCAAUGGCAAAUUGACCGACGCCAACACUGACUCCGGUGGUCAUAAGGAUAACCGGAACAUUUCUGAAGUCUCGGAGACACGAGAUAGGAGACUCGAAGAGAAGGAGGAGGCGGACGCCGUUAUAGAAUCGGUGAAGGCCAACGUCACUGUGGCAGACGCGAGCUACGAUGAUCCGUAUGAUGACGACAUAGACCGGCUGAUGAGCUCACCAUUUAUAUUUAACGAGCGAUACGAAAAGAAAAGGUAGGACAUUAUUUUUGAAACAAGUCGGGGAAACGCAACCAUGAAGCGCUUGUAAAUUACGGGAAGAUUGGUGCAUUUGGUGCGCACGUGAUCAAGCGCACGACGGGCGAAGCAGCGAAUGAGAGCGCAGCACGGUGCGCAACGAGAGUGGGGAGGACUAAAAAAAAUCCAUUCCUGAUAAAUUAUUAUAUAUGGUUGACAAGACUUCUUUUCAUUUGGAUUUACGUUUUCAGUAACGUUCGUAAGGCCUGUCUUGCCGAGAUCUGAAAUAAUUACCCACACCAGGUUAGCAAGUUCACUAGAAAAACAUGUAUAAAUUCUUAACAAAAAUUUUGGACGAAUAAACGUAUAACAAUUUUUUUUUUUUUAGUAACACAUUUUUAGUAAAUAAAUUUAUAUAAACCCAUGCAGCUAAAAGCAAACAUGAACUUGAUCUUUAUCAAGAACGGUAGCCAGGGGAGUAGCGAGGGGGCCAGGGGGUGACAGAUGUCCCCGGGCGCCAGCUAGUUAGAGUCGCCAAAAUGUGGUUUGAUAUUAUUUUAUUGAUGAAAAUAAUGGGCUUGAGAGUUGAAAAAAAGAAAAAGGGGCGCUUUAAAAUGGAUCUUGUCCCCGGGCGCAAAUCUUGUCCCCGGGCGCCAAACACCCUCGCUACGCCUCUGACGGUAGCUCUUCGUUGUAUGACGCUAAAUCCGUUUUACGGCCUUACUGUAUAUUUUGCCAUUCUUAUCAGUGUUUAAUUUCUACUCUCUACGGUUAUACACGUAAAGGGCAAGAGGGGGAAUAAAUAAGAAAAAAGAAGACUUCCAAUUUUGUUUCGCUUCUUAAUGCUUCAAAGACAAAUUCUUAAUUUUACGAACAUUCUAUAGAUGUUAUGGACAUAAAAAAAAAAAAAAAGACAGUCAGAUUGUUUUGGUCAAAUCUUGACGGAUAUUAGCAACACCAGUCAAGACCAUGGUAUGGAAUUAUAUUGACUGGUCACUAAUGCAUAAAUAUGGAUUUUUAUUUUAGUCACAUCUAAGUUAUCUGAUAAUGUCAACAACAAAAAAAGAAAACAAUAAAAGGAGAAUUAAAAAAACAACAAAAAAAAAACAACAACAGAAGAUGAGAGUAAAUUCUAUUUGUAAAAAUUCUGAAGUGGACUUCAAUGUUAGGUCAUGAGUUGAACCAACCUCAUAAUUUUUCGUGGUCAUUUGUAUUCGUCUUGAAUCUGUUACAGACUCUCCGCCACGCUUGUCCAGAGGUCAGUCAAAAAGGUGUCUGGGUAUAUGCCCUACGAGAGUAACUGGGUCAGAAAAAGGUACGUAAAUUUAAGGAUGAGAAAUGACGCUUCACAUUGUGACAGACAUUCUUUCCCCAAACAUUUCUGAACUCUGCUAACCCACGAAGUCAUUGCUUCCCCUACAUGAGCAACAAUGCCUUUUUUACGUUCUGUAUAUUAGCUUCACUUUUGCUAGUGUGUUUUGCUGUCUGGCAAAAUUUUCAGAUGGCUAAUUGACCCACUUCCCAUUCACCUGUCGAUCUGAAACUUGGGUAUUGACUUGUUGCCGAUGACAAAACCUUGGAUCAAAUUUUCAAAUCUGUGGCGCAAACGCGGGGCGGACACUGGAAUAUUAAUAUAAAAUAAUAAUUUAAACUGCAUAUAAAGGAUUUAUACGAAAAACAUUGAAAACAAAUUAUAUGUCCCUUUCUCAUCCAUUUUCCUCUCGCCCCAUGACAGGCCUCAUGACAAGCCUCAUGACAAGCCUCAUGACAAGCCCCAUGACAAGCCUCAUGACAAGUCUUAUGACAAGCCCAAUGACAAGCCUCAUGACAAGCCCCAUGAAGAGCCUCAUGACAAGCCUCAUAACAAGCCUCAUGACAAGCUCCAUGACAAGCCUAUUGACAGGUCUCAUGACAAGCUCCAUGACAAGCCUCAUGACAAGCCAGAUGACAAGCCCCAUGACAAGCCCCAUGACAAGCCUCAUGACAAGCUCCAUGACAAGCCCCAGGACAAGCCCCAUGACAAGCCCCAUAACAAGCCGCAUGACAAGCCCCAUGACAAGCUCCAUGACAAGCUCCAUGACAAGCCUCUUGACAGGUCUCAUGACAAGCCCCAUGACAGGCCCCAUGACAAGCCCCAUGACAAGCCCCUUUACAAGCCCCAUGACAAGCUCCAUGACAAGCCUCAUGACAAGCCAGAUGACAAGCCCCAUGACAAGCCCCAUGAUAAGCCUCAUGACAAGCCUCAUGACAAGCCCUAUGACAAGCCUCAUGAAAAGCCUCAUGACAAGCCUCGUGACAAGCCCCAUGACAAGCCUCAUGACAAGCUCCAUGACAAGCCUCUUGACAGGUCUCAUGACAAGCCCCAUGACAAGCCUCAUGACAAGCCUCAUGACAAGCCUCAUGACAAGCCUCAUGACAAGUUCCAUGACAAUCCCCAUGACAGGCCUCAUGACAAGCCCCAUGACAAGCCCCAUGACAAGCCCCAUGACAAGCCCCAUGACAAGCCUCAUGACAAGCUCCAUGACAAGCCUCAUGACAGGUCUCAUGACAAGCCCCAUGACAAGCCUCAUGACAAGACCCAUGACAAGCCUCAUGACAAGCGUCAUCGCGCCAAGUUAGAUAACGCGUUUCCUUUAAAGUUUAUUUGCCAAGUCUUAGAACCAUUUGAUGUUAGAUUUUAGAAUCUUGUGGUUUCGAGAGUAUGUUUGUUUCUCGGUUCAUUUCGAUAUUUUACUACGAGGCCUGUGUUUUCAUCAACGUGUGAUAAAAAUCAUCAACAAUCAUAGACUUUCGCAUGUUGUUGUACAAUUUAUAUUUUUACGUAACUUUAAAAAAAAAUCUGUUUCUUGAAUCUGUUAACAAGGAAAAAACAAAGAUGAUAAUAUUAACAACUGUGCUAUAACUAGCGUUAUAAAAUAAAAAAAGUCUUUCAUAUACUCGUGAGUAUGAAAAUGUGUCAAGGAGUGAAAAAAGGGAGUUGGUGUUUGAAUUACUGUCCUUGAACACACAAGAUACCGCGUGUGUAUCGACUUUUGUCAUCAGUCUCCCCCCUCCCCCCUCCCCCAGGAAAUGGUUUUAUACUCGCACCCCAGCUUCAGAGGUGAUUGUUGAAGUUGCACUUCGAGGGCCAGCGAGACAGUGCGUGUCCCAUAACAGUUGCUUGCUGUGUGUCGGUUCGGGUGAAGUUAACGGCUGCUCAUUGGCUACCGUUAAUGAUGGCGGGGGUAUCAGGUACACGAUGACACACAUGCGUUGGAUAUGGGGGGGGGGGGGAUAUGAAAUACACGUUUAGAGUGUUGGAGGGUCAAUACGAUGGCUUGAUUCUCAAGCGGUCAGUCGCGAUACCCUGAUGAUAAUGAGAUGGUUAGAGCCUAGGUAAUGGGAUAGGGUAGGAGAUAAGGUAGGGUUUGUGGUAUGGGAUUGGUAGGGGAUGUGAAAUGGGAUAUUUUAGUGCAGUAGUUCUCAACCUUCCUAAUGUCGCGACCCCGUAAUACAUUUCCUCAUGUUGUGGCGACCCCCAGCCACACAAUUAUUUUCGUUGCUACUUCAUAACUGUAGAGCAUAUGUGUUUUGGAUGGUCUUAGGCGACCCCCGAGAAAGGGUCGUGCGACCCCCAAAGAGGUCGCGACCCACAGGUUGAGAACCGCUGUUUUAGAGUAUAAGGUAGGGGAUAAGGUAGGGGAUACGGUCGGUGAUAUUAUAUGAGAUAAGAAAGGGGAUAAGGUAGGGGAUACGGUCGGUGAUAUUAUAUGAGAUAAGAAAGGGGAUAGGGUAGGGGAUUUGGUUAGGAAUAUGGCAGGGGAUUUUGUAGGGAAUAUGGUAGGGGAUAUGAUAAGGAAAUAGGCAACUCAGGUUGAAAAUUACUUUAGCCAUCUUCGCGUGCGAAGGCUGUUUGGGUAAAGGAUAGGGUACAAAAUAAGUUAGGGUAUAGGAUUGGGUCUAGGAUAGGAGAUUUGGUAGGGGGCAGGUUAGGGCAGCGGUUCUCACCCAGUGCGCCACAGAGCCCUUAGGUGCACUUCUCAGCAGCUACGCGGUGGCCAAAGGAAACUUCUCCUAAACACCAUUAACUUAUAAGUUGUACGACACGGAGGGUACGCCCCUGGAAAGAGCUCUCCCAUACAGAAACUGAUUCUAACAAGGGCUCCGAGUGUCAAAACGUUUGGAAACAACUCGGAUAAGGGAUAUGGUAAGGGAUAUGGAAGGCGUAUGGUAAGGGAUGUGUCAAGGGAUAUGGUAAGGGAUAUGGCAAGGGAUAUGGUAAAGGAAAUAGUAAGGGGUAUGUAAAGGGGUAUAGUAAGGAAUAUGGUAAGGGGUAUGGCGGGUAUGGUAAGGGACAUGUCAAGAGAUAUGUCAAGGGAUAUAGUAAGGGAUAUAGAAUAUGGGAUAUGAUAAAGGAUAUGGUAAGGGAUAUGGUAAGGAAUUUAGUAAGGGAAAUGGUAAGGGUUAUGUCAAGGGAUAUGGUAAGGGAAGUGUUAAGGGGUAUUUUAAGGGUUACGGUAAGGGGUAUGAUAAGAGAUAUGGUAAGGGAUAUGGUAAGACGGUAGGGGUAUGGUAAGGGAUAUGGUAAGGGAUAUCGUAUGGGAUAUGGUAAGGGAUAUGGUGAGGGGUAAGGUAAGUUAUAUGGUUAGGGAUAAGGUAAGGGGUAUGGUAAGGGUUAAGGAUAGGGUAUGGGAUAUCAAAGUGGAGAACGAGAUGAUACAAUACGUUGGGCUUAAGAAGGAUAAGUUUGAGCCUGAAUUUUCUGGGUAGACUGCCUGCUAGGGUAAGAGGAGGAGUUUGGGGGAGGGGAAUAGGUGAUAGGAGGAGUUUGGGGGAGGGGAUAGGUGGGUAGGAGGAGUUUGGGGGAGGGGAAUAGGGGGGUAGGAGGAGUUUGGGGAGGGGAAGAGGCGGGGAGGAGGGGUGGGGGGGAGGCGGGUAGGAGGAGUUUGGGGGAGGGGAAUAGGUGGGUAGGAGGAGUUUGGGGGGAGGGGAAUAGGUGGGUAGUUUGGGCGGGGGGAAUAGGUGGGUAGGAGGAGUUUUGGGGAGGGGAAUAGGUGGGUAGGAGGAGUUUGGGGGGGAGGGGAAUAGGUGGGUAAGAGGAGGAGUUUGGGGGAGGGGAAUAGGUGGGUAGGAGGAGUUGAAAAAAGAAGAUGAGGUAGAGACCCGGCUAUGUUUAGAGCAGGGGUCGGGAACCUAUGGCUCGCGAGACAGAUGUGGCUCUAUUGAUGGCUGCAUCUUGCUCGCAGACAAAUGUUCGAUUAUAAAAAAAAGUCGCAUUAAUCGUAAGAAAUACUCAUUAUUGAUUUGCAACAGCAUAACAAAGUUAUUAAAAGAAUUUCAGAGACAAAAUUAUUGCAUUUUUAGUGUUGAAAUUACACAAAAUGCACACAUUUUCUUGAAUUUUUACUUUUAAACAUAAUGUAUGGCUCUCACAGAAUUACUUUUCAAAAUAUGUGGUGUCUAAGGCUCUCACAGACAAAAUGGUUCCCGACCCCUGGUCUAGAGGGAGGAAACCUGCUUAGAAUGUAAUAGAACCUCCCGAAAAAGCGCAUCACUUCACAACUAGAAGAUUGAUUACAGAGUAAUCAUGAUGGAAGAUCAUCCCAGUUAACCCCGGGCGUCAUUUCUAGUAUCAUGUAGACCUAAACCUUUUGAUGAUUUUGUUUUAUGGUACUUCUCAUGUGCGCAAUCCGAUGCUUUGCAUAGAUAUUCAUAUAACAUGACGAUAUCGCUAUUUGUUAAUAUUUUUUUUUCAAACCAAGCGUUUGUUGUUGCCAUUGUUGUUGUAGUUUUUGUUGUCUUCCUUCAGUUUCAGGGGAUGCCGGUAUGACAAGUGUCAGUUCAUUGGCAACAUGUCGCAGGCCGACGCCGUCCUCUUUGGGGGCGGUCGCAUCAGAGACCACGUGAUACCCUAUUUCUACCGACCCCCUGGUCAAAGGUCAGUAAAGCAGUUUGAUUGUUAACAAAAAACACAAAAAAACUGUCCCAUUCUUGUUUAUUUCACAUUGAUCUACACUGAUGAAAUGGAGGGGAAAAAAAAAGGGAAAAGUCACGAGAAUAAUUUCAAUGUAUUCGUGAUCAACCAUGUCCUGUUGUUGAAUGCUCACCCAAGAAGUAUUUUAUCCAAAAAUGUUCAAUAUGUCUUAUCAAAUUAAUAAAAAGCUAAAGACUCUUAACAUACAAAAAAAGAAGGAGAUAUUUAUCUACUCUAUCUGAAAUGAAGAUAAGAAAUGAAACAAACCAUUAAAACAAAGUUUUCCGUAAAAAAAUCCUUUAUAUGCAUUUUUAUGCGACUCAGUAAUGGGUAACAGUAAUUAAGAAAUCUUUGUACAUAUUUACUUCAUUUCCAAACCCCCCUCCCCCCCCACCCCCAAGGCUCACAACCGCACAUUUUUUUUCACGCCCCUGAACUCUAUUAAUAUUCCAUAAAUGCCACCCGCUUCCACACGGCCGAUGUAUUUCACCAACUUUUUCUAGAUCAAAAGAAAAUAGUACGCGUCAAACUCACUUGAGAUACGUUUAAGAAUCUCAUAUGGCGCAGUUAUCGGGAAUUUCAUAUUGUGAGAUUAGAGGCUUCUGGUAGCUUUAAAAAUGAUUUUCUUGUGUGUGUGUGUGUGGGGGGGAGGGGGUUGGGAUGGGGGGCUAAGAAUGUUUUGUCCUCUGCAACGAGCCUAUGUGCCAAGUGUCAGCUCGAUAGGAUGACGGGAGGUGGGCCAAAGAGUUUGCCACAGAUCCAGAAAGAAACAAACCUUCUAAGAAAAGCGAGGCUAAUGUAAAGGAUUUUAAAAAAAUAUAAAAAUAACUUGAAAAAUCUGAAAGAUUUUAUAGCGUUGAGAUAGAAAUGCCGGGAACAUAUCUUUAUUCACGAUAAGUGCAAAACAUAAAUAUGCAGAUCAGUGGGAACACACUCUUCUAUGUAUCAAUGGUAAAUGAUCCCCCUUUGAAUGCUAUCUCACGGUAAUGGCACCGCCGAACAUUUGUUUGUUCUCGUUAAUGUUAUCCUAUUUCUUCCAGUUACACUCUUGUGUUUCCUUUCAUCUUUCUUGCUGAUUAAUUUUUUUUUUAAAUUCAAAACUCGUACACUAAAUGAAGAGUCUGUGUUUAAAUGAGUUUUAAUGUGUUUAACUAUGUUUUUUUUAUCAAUGUGUUCAACACAUGGCUAAGAACGAUAUCGUUUUUAUUUUACGAUGUCAAUCUUGUUAUUGUGUUAUAUGUUAACACAUUUUAUAAAGAAAACAAGAAACAUUAUCCAUAGAACGUAUUGAAAACAAAACAACAACAAGAAACUCAAGCGGUAAGUAGGCACCCGAGUAAAAGAAAAUCUUGAAACAAAAUAUAUUUUGAAUUUUUUAAAAUGAAUAACAGCCGGCUUUUUUUAUACAAAUAUUUCUAUUCAUUUUGGUAACAGAUGGAUAUUUUAGUCUUUAAUAUCUAUAUAUUCUUGUUACAUAUGGAUAAUUUAGACUAUAAUAUCUUUACAUUCUUGUAACAGAUGGAUAUUUUAGACUAUAAUAUCUAUACAUUUUUGUAACUGAUCGAUAUUUUAGACUAUAAUAUCUAUACAUUCUUCUUACAGAUAUAUCUCGGACCAUAAUUUCUAUACAUUCUUGUAACAGAUGGAUAUUUUAUACAUUUGACCCUGCAGCCAAUAACUACGCAUUAGAUCGUCCAGACGCGAUAUCCAGCUUCAACUGGACAAUGUCCCACCAGCUGGACUCUGACUACCCUUUCUUGUUUGGUCGGCUGCUUCGUCGCGACCUGCCAGUUAAAGAUUACGGUAAAUUUAGUGCCACAUAACAUCUCUGUGUUUUUCUAGAUAUAACAUCUCUGUGUUUGUUAUAGAUAUAAUAUCUUUGUGCUUGUUCUAGAUAUAACAUCUUUGUGUUCAGUCUAGAAAUAACACGUUUGUGUUCAGUCUUGAUAUAUAAUGUUUGUGUUAUGUCUAGAUAUAUCAUGUUGGUGUUCAGUCUAGACUCUAGACAUAGCAUGUUUGUGUUCAGUCUAGAUCAGAUCAGAUGUGUUUGUUUUGGAUUUAAGAUAUAACAUGUUUUGGUUUGGUCUGGAUCCAAUAUGUUUGCUUUCUGAUCCAGAUCAAAUCUACGACUCAAAGGUCAACCACACGGCCUGGUUCGUGAGCCACUGCGACACCUGGAGUAAGCGGGAGAUCUACGUGAACAGAAUGAAGAAGGUCAUACCUGUGGACGUAUUCGGGGGGUGCAGCGACCGCAGGUGCGGGGCCGUCCACUACAGAACCCACGACAGCACGCUCUGCCUGCCCAUGUUGUCGAAAAGUUACAAGUAGGUCGAGCAAUGCCCCGGCCCAACCUCACAUUUCUAAUACUUUUAGAAGACAAACUUUAACAAAUAAGCGUUGAUGUUGGAAAUAACGAAAAUAAACUCUAAAGAAGUAUUUCAGUUUAGCUAAAGCGACGACCUCAAUUAAAAGCAACUCUUUUAAAGGAAGUAUACGUCAUCAGUUUAUGUAUCCUGCUAGUGGUGACGUCAGAGGUCCCCCCCCCCCAAUGUUCUUUUAAGUAAGGAGAUGAUGAUGCCUGGCUUGUUAAACUCACUAACCUUCAGCAUACGAUUGAAGUGAAUUUUUCAGACGAUGAAAAACACUUUCAUUUGAAUUAUUACAGACCAUCUCUGUUGCCAACAGGAAAUGAUCAAGUUCAAUAGCUUUGUUGUCUUGGGGUUAUUUAAUUAUUUAACACACCAUUUAACAAAACAAGUAGCAAAAUGUUUCUUUAUUAAAGAAACAACUCUAUUACUAACACUCCAAUUAGUAACCACUCCGUCUCUGCUAUCCAAAACCAUAACACAACUGGCAGAGUCAUUUCCCUUUUCCCAAAUACGUCACAAAAUUCAAAGCAUUUAGCAACAGCCACGCAAAGACUCUCAGCAACAAACACGCUAUCCCUAAAAGAACCGAAAAAAUCCUUAACACUCUCAUAGCGCAAAGGUAAUACAUAUUUGUACACUUAGAUUUAAAUUCAACGCUUCCGAAAGGCAAUGCUCAGCGCUACGACUAAUGGUAUCCGAUAACAGAAAAUAAAAAUUGAGACAUCCAUGACACCUCCAUGUUACAUACAUUUUCGAAACAAGCCGCUAUUUUGCUGUGUGAUUAAAUAUUUUAAUACAACACAUUUACUUUUCUGAACUAUAAUGAAAAUAUUUUUCCUUAAAUUUAGAAGUGGAUGAAAUAACUACUUUAGAGAAAUUGUAAAUUCUAAUGCAUUGUUUAGAUUAAAUUUUUUUCUUGUCGUUGUCCUUCAAUGAUAUCAGGUUUUAUUUAGCGUUCGAGAACUCGUUCUGCAAGGACUACCUGACGGAGAAGUUCUUCAAGCUGUUUGGUGACGUCGACGUGGUCCCCGUGGUGCGCGGCGGGUUCAACUACAAGAAAUACCUUCCCUCGGGGAUAUUCGUGGACGCGGGGGACUUUAAGGUAAUAAACAAUUCACGUGACAGAGUGACCCACGGGCCAAAUACCUCAGUACUCCACAGGCCAAAUACCUCAAUACUCCACAGGCCAAAUACAUCAGUACUCCACAGGCCAAAUACUUCAGUGCUCCACAGGCCAAAUACCUCAGUACUCCACUUGCCAAAUACCUCAGUACUCCACAGGCCAAAUACCUCAGUACUCCACAGGCCAAAUACUUCAGUACUCCACAGGCCAAAUACCUCAGUACUCCACAGGCCAAAUACCUCAGUACUCCACACGCCAAAUACCUCAGUACUCCAGAGGCCAAAUACCUCAGUGCUCCACAGGUCAAAUACCUAAGUACUCCACAGGCCAAAUACCUCAAUACUCCACAGGCCAAAUACCUCAGUACUCCACUUGCCGAAUGCCUCGUACAGUACUAAACUUGUUAUUGUAGGCAUCCUUGUUUAUUUUACUUAUAUAAGACAAGUUAUAACGUGCCUAACAAUGGCGGCAACGAUGAGCACAUGAGCUAAAGUUAUUGAAAAAACAUGCAUUCAAGUAAUGCAUUUUAUGAGAAUCCCAAUUAGUUCUACACCCCCCACAAUUUCUUUUUACGCCCAUGAACUAAAAGUAUAUUUUAAUGUCCCACCACCUUUUAAACCGCUGAUUUAUUACAUACUAUUUCAAAUUAGACUAUUUACGCAAAACAAAGUAAAGUAUAACAUUUCAAAAUCAUUUGUGAUAUUUUUUUUAUAUCGGCAAUUUUAAAUACACACAAUGGCACAAAAAAGUCAUUUAUACCUAGAGAAUUAUUUAUGUACUACGGCAUCACCGGGUGCAGCAGUUGUUGUUUUUUUAACACUGGGUGCGAUAUCUUUGAGAAUAAGGUCUACAGACAGUCCUACACCCUACAUGCCAGCCUUAAAACAAUAGAACUACCUACAGUCCUACACCCUAUCUGAUGGCCUCUAAACAAGAAGCCGACAGACUGUCCUACACCCUACCUGCCGUUAAACAAUAUAUCUUAAAAAAGCUCUAUGUCAACCUGCCAGCCUUUAACACAAUAGGUCUUAAGACAGCUCUAUAUCGACCUGCCAACCUUUAAACAAAAAGCCGACAGACAGUCCGAAGGACAGUCCUACAGACAGUCCUAAAGACAGUUCUAAAGACAGUCCUACAGACAGUCCAACACCUCCUUACCAGCUUUUCCCUUGGCUAUUUAUUUAUUUAUAUAAUAGUCGCUCACCCUUUUAAAGAACACGCCAGAUGCAACACUUAUAUAUACUAGUUAUAGCCCGCCAAACACUGGCGACAGCAAUGCGUGAACUUCCCAUCUAUUUAAGUUACUUGACAAAACAUGAACUCAAGUAACGCACAUUUAAGAAUCCAUAUUUUUGCUGCAUCCCUUCCCCCCAUGAUACGUCACUGCACACUUUUUAUUUUACGCUCAUGAACAAUAUGAAUAUUCUGAUGUCACUACCGCUUUUAAACCAAAUAUUCAUUACACGAUAUUCAAAUUGAGACGAUUUCAUUUUCCGAAAAGAAAAUAUUGCGCACCAAACGAAGUUGCGCUAUUUAAAAAAAAAAUUAUAUAGCGUAGUUAUCGGGAAUUAUAUUUUGCGCGCUAUCCUGUAUCGGAAGCAGGCACACCACAAGCAAAAUACAUAAGAGAUAAGAGACGAGAGAAUAUAUACAGUGAAGAAGUUAAUCAGUGUGAAACACUUGUCAGUGUGAUGCACAUUUAAUACACAGACAAUAAAAAACACGAAACUAAUCGAAAGCAAAUAAUCAUAAUAUAUGUUAAUAAAAUGGCGAAGAAAAAAAUUUGAUUUUUCAAAAGUUGACAAACCCGUCUUUAAAAAAAGAAAAAAAGAAAAAAAAGAAACGAAAUUAAAAUGUACAAAUCAUAAUUUAAAAAAACAAAACAAACCCACAUUUUAAUGAACUUAGCUGAUGGAAGUGAUAGCAGACGGGAAACCAGGUCUGGCCUUAGGUACAGGCAAAACAGGCUACGACCUGGAGGGCCCAAUUCUAGGGGCGUCAUUUUGAUCACUAUCCAAAGAUGUGAAGGAUGUCUUCACGAAAACACAAACGAAGAACAUUAAGAUGUUUGAGAAAAGAUUCUGUGAUGUUUAUGUUUGUACAAACGACGCAGCUCAAGGGCAAUACAAGCUGUUCUAAUGAACGACUUGGCCAUCUCAAUUGUAGCUGCAAACAUUAACGGCUCCAUUCGAUUACGCAUUUAAGCGGAGCAGUUCGUGGUUGACUGAACGAACUACUUUGAAUUAAAAGACCAAUGAAGGAGGGUGUCGUCAUAUCAGUAGUUAUGACACAGUGGGAUACAACGGUAUUUAAUAGAGUUUUCAUUGUUGACAGAUGUCAGUCAAAUAGAAUGGUAACAGAAUUAAUGAUUAACAAAUUGGUUCCUCACCCCCCCCCCCCUCCUUAACAAUAAUGCACCAAUUUUAAUCUUAGAGUUAUUCUGAACACAAGAAAAGAUAUUGAUUGAUUUAUUAUUAUUUGUAUCUUCUGGGGGAAACAAAAUAUUUUUUUUUCAUUCGUUGAGGUUAUUAUGCGAAUUAAUGCAAAUGCGGUUGAGUUGGGGGGGGGGGGGCGUAAAAAAUUGGUGGGUUGGUGACUGGGGUGGGUAGGAAUAAGACAUUUGUCACACUCAACUAUUAGAGGGGGUUAUUGCUAAAUUAUGGUGUACAUUUAAUCUAACUGUUAGUUUUACACAAGAAAAGAUAUUGAUUGAUUUAUUAUUAUUUGUAUCUUCUGGGGGAAACAAAAUAUUUUUUUUUCAUUCGUUGAGGUUAUUAUGCGAAUUAAUGCAAAUGCGGUUGAGUUGGGGGGGGGGUGCGUAAAAAAUUGGUGGGUUGGUGACUGGGGUGGGUAGGAAUAAGACAUUUGUCACACUCAACUAUUAGAGGGGGUUAUUGCUAAAUUAUUGUGUACAUUUAAUCUAACUGUUAGUUUUGCUAAUCGGUUUUCACUUUAAUUUGAUUAUUGUUAAAAAUGAAUAUUUAAAAGAAAUUAUACAACCUGGGUUAGAGAUUAACGCCCUAUCAAAAUUACCAAUAAAUAAAUAAAUAUAUAUAAGAAUGAGCUAGGUUCACACAACGCCAAAAGAGAGAUACAUUUUAAGAACGUUCGGAUUCCUAAAAACAAUCAUACGUAUUUUCCAUUAUUUUACGGAAAUCGAAUAAAUUUAAAUGUGCAAAAAAAAUUUUAAAUCCGCUUUUAUUUUAGUAAAAGUUUAAAUAGUAUUAUUAUAAAUUACAAAUACAUUUAAAGUGUCAACUAAGGAACUAUUUUAAGCAUUUAUAUGUGUUUGAAAGUUAUGAAAAAAUAAAAAAAAUUAAAAAAUCAUGCUUGAGGAAUUACACCGUAAUCACAUUUAUCGGGAAAACCCAGACAUUAGUAGUUUUUAGUGCGUCUUUUAGUGCGUUAUUAGUAUUGCGAAAUAAAAUUCAAAUUAAUUUAUUCUCAAUCAUCACGCCAAUGACGUCAUAGCGUGAAUAGCCUAUUUUGCCAAAAACUCUUAGGUUUCUUUAAAUUUAAUAACCGUGCUUGACAAAACUGAUAAUGUAUUUUCCCUUUUAAAAGUAAAGUUAAUAAAUACAAUUGAUUGCUUUUGGAAUUGUUAAUAAAACACACACACAUUUUAGCUUUGAAUAUUUUAACAUUUAAAAAGUCUUGCCUUUUUUAUUGCAAAAAUAUACUAUUAUUAAAAUUAUAACGUAAUAAAUUCUAACCUUUAAAUUUAAUUCUAAUAAGAAAGUGCAGUUUAAGCCAAUCAGUGCAGCGCACUUCCAUAGCCAAAUAUCAUUCACUAAUCCACUUAUAACCCAUACAUGUAAGAACGAACCAUAUGAAGUGCAAAAUAUGUUGGUUUGGGUAUGGAAAGGACUACAAUCCGAUGGAAGAUUUUCUAAAUUUAUUUAAAUCUGGAUUGGGGACGGGUUGUUCACUUUGCCCCAGGCAGCACAAGAUACGUCUCAAAAUAACAGAAUGAAUUGGAUAAAUAAUUAACCCUCUUUGGUAUAUACAUAUCGGAGGUAGGAUAUAGGAUGUGUAGAUUUUUACGAGGAUGACAAUAUAUUUAAAUCCUAUGGUAUUACAUUUGUGGAAAAAGGUAUGCCACUUUCUCUUUUUACAAAUAUUUAUAUGUUUAUUUUGCUCAAGGCUUCACAAGAUAGGUUUCAAAAUAAAGGAAUGAAUUUGAUUAAUAAUUAACUUUCUUGGGUACAUUCAUAUUUAAGGUAGGUAAUGGGAUGUGAAUAUUUUCACGUGCAUGACAGUAUAGUUAACUCUUACGUUAUUACAUUUGUGAAAAAAGUGAUGCAACAUU